UUUUUUUUUUAAAUUAUUAUUAUCAUUAUUUAAGCUCCAAUAAUGGGUCUUCGUCGAGAUUACUUCCUUGACGAUGAUGAAGAAUUAGGCAAUGCAUCACAACAACAGUCAUUAUUAACAUCAACCCAUAAUAACGAAAUAAACGAACAAAGCGAUAAUGACUCCUAUCUUUAUUCUAAAGAGGAUUUUCUUGAUGAUUAUAGUUUCCAAAAAAAGGGAUUUAAUUGGAUCUAUGUCGGCUUUUUAUCUAUUCUAGCAAUAGCUGGGAUUUUAUGGUCUGCUUCUAUUGUUAAGCUAUUUGCAGAGCUACUAUUUUCGGAGGACCAGGAAAUUAUUAAUGGAUCAAAAAGAAUCCAAUUUGAUGAUAUUUUUGAUAGUUCCUUUACUGUUAAAAAGACAAAUCUUGUUUGGGUUGAGAAUGAUCCUAGAGAUGGUAUUUAUACGUAUCGAGAUCCAAAUUCAAACGAUAUUUUAUUAGAAUCAAUUGAAGAUAAAAAGAGUCAAAUAUUUGUUAAAGCAGAGGAUCUUAAAACAAAAGAAGGAACAUUGGAUGUAGAGGCUUUUACAUUAUCUCAUGACGCUGAAUAUUUAUUACUUCAAACAAAUAUAACUUCUCAAUGGAGACAUUCUGCUUUAUUUAACGCUUACAUUUAUCAUGUAUCAGACAAAAAAAUUAUUCCCUUGUUAACUAAUAGCACUUCCAAAAUAGCUUAUGCAGUAUGGAGUCCUACGAACCAUUUAUUGGCUUAUGUAUUAAACAAUGAUAUUUACAUAACUGAUUUAAAACAACACACACGAGUUACCUUUGAUGGUUCUGCUACUGUAUUUAACGGUGUUCCUGACUGGGUCUAUGAAGAGGAAAUACUUGCUUCCAAUUUUGCAUUAUGGUGGGCACCUGAUUCUUCAUAUUUAGCGUUUUUAAGAUUUGAUGAAACCAAUGUACCUGAAUAUCAUAUGCAAAUGUACACUACUGCAUUGAAUCAUACAGCUUAUCCUGACGAAUACAACAUACGAUAUCCUAAAGCAGGUUCACCUAAUCCUCUUGUAUCAUUACAUGUUUAUUCGCUUGCCAACGAUAGUAUUAUCACAGUAACUGAACCCACUUCUUCAUCUGUGUCCCACUAUAUAAAUAUUUUACAAAAUGGAGACCGUAAUUUUCAUGGUUUCAAGGAAGAAGAAGAUAGAUUAAUUGUCGAUGUUGCCUGGGCUACCUCAAACAAUAGAUCACAUCUUUUGUUUAAACAAAUGAAUCGCAUUCAGGACCAUGAAUUGACAGCAGUUGUCCAGAUUGAUCACAAACACAUUAAUAACAGUACAGUCAAAUUGAUAAGAGAAUAUAAACCUAAUGAUGGUGGUUGGAUUGAUGUAGCUCAGUCAAUGGUCUAUUUACCUCCUACUACGAAAGAUCAAGAAAUAGAGAAUAUUCUAUUUCGUUAUUUAGACAUUCUUGAUAAUGAAGCUGGAUUUGCUCAUUUAGCGAUUGUCACUGUCCUAAAUAAGAAUCAGAUGAUUGAGCAUCAAAUCUCUUGGUUAACUACAGGAGAAUGGGAAGUCAUAUCGGGGACAGUUGAAGUGGAUGUGAAUCGUCAAGUUAUACAUUUUAUUUCAACCAAAAGAUCACCUUACGAACGUCAUCUAUAUAAAAUAUCAUUAAAUCAUCAUGAUCCUACCUCUACAAUCACUUGUAUUACAUGUCCAAAGGAUCCUGAAGAACAUGCUUAUUAUUCAGCUUCCUUUUCUCCUAAAUCAGGCUAUUAUAUUUUAAAUUAUGAAGGUCCUGACAUUCCAAAAACAAGUGUGAAGAAAGUAGAUGAUCCUUUAUUUGAAACUGUAUUAGAGGACAAUAAUGAUUUAAGGAAUAUUUUAAAGGACUAUAAUUUACCCAAGAUGCACAUGAAAACUAUAUCGAACGAGGGAUUUGAAAUGGCCUGCAUGGAGGUAGUCCCUGCUGAUUUUGAUCCUCACAAGAAAUAUCCAGUUUUAUUUCAUGUUUAUGGUGGUCCUGGUUCACAAUUAGUAUCUUAUCGAUUUGAUUUAAGCUGGCAAACCUUUGUUGCAAGUCAGUUGGGGAUUAUUGUAGUAACGGUGGAUGGUAGAGGUACUGGUUUUAGAGGUAGAAAAUAUAGAGUUAGUGUUAGAGGAAAAUUAGGUGAGCUUGAAACUAUCGAUCAAGUCAAUGCUGGAAGAUAUUGGGCAAAAUUAGAUUAUGUUGAUGAAUAUAGAAUGGCUAUUUGGGGCUGGUCUUAUGGUGGCUAUAUGACUUCUAAAGUAAUCGAAUCAAAUGAUGGGGUAUUUUCGACUGGUAUGGCAGUUGCUCCAGUAACAGAUUGGCAUUUUUAUGAUUCUGUUUAUACUGAACGUUAUAUGAAAACUCCGGAAUUGAAUCCAGAGGGGUAUGAACACAGUGCAGUCAAUAAUAUGACUGGUUUCAGAAAUGCCAAAUAUCUCUUAGUACAUGGCACAGGGGAUGAUAAUGUUCAUUUUCAACAUACUGCUGUCUUGAUUGAUAAAUUAACUCUGGAAGAUAUUCAUAGCUAUCGUGUACAAAUUUAUACUGACAAUAAUCAUGCGAUAAAGUAUCAUAAUGCAAACAAAAAUGUAUAUUAUCUAUUAACUGAAUUUUUAACGGAAAGUUUUGGUGGACAGGAAUAUAGACAUAUUUAUAAUGAAAUGAAUGGUAGAUUUUCUGGCCCUUUAUCAGAAAACGACUAGUAUAAUUCAUUUGCUUAUAUUUAUAUGUGUUAUGUAUAUAAAAAUCACGAGAUAUAAUAAAUUGUAAAGCUGUUUAUGUGUAUUAGAAUUGA